UGUAACCAGUUGGGCAGUUAGUAAAGUGUCGCCUGAUUUCCUGCAGGUCGGUAUGACGUCAUCAGAUUGUGACGCAGUGCCCGCACGUGCGUGCUCAAUUGUGAGGUCACGCGCCCUCUCCAGUAUAUAAAGCUGGAAGCAGCCUUGCAUCCCAGUUGCACCAGGCAGGGCGGGACGCUUAGCAUCCUGGCUCACGGCUUCCUGGGUCCGGGCGGCUAGCAGCCCCCUGCUUCCCAACUGCCCCCCGAGUGCCUUGGUGCCCGAGAAGAGAGAAGAGGCCAAAGAGGAGCCAUGAGUAUCCUGUUUCUGCUAGUGAGCGGCGUUCUCUUCACCUUCAUGUUUGUCUAUUGGAAAACUGGGUUUCAGAGAAACACUGGUGAAAUGUCAUCAAAUUUGACUUCUCUUGCACUAGUAAGAUCAUCCUCUUCUACUCGGUCAACUAAGAGCAGUACUGAUAAGAGUCUUUCAGUCAACAGUCUCUCUCGGGAUAUCUUAACUAAUUUCCCACACUCAGUAGCCAUGCAGAAGCGAAUAUUGGUAAACCUCAGGAUCGUGGAAUACAAGCUGGCUGAACUGGAACAAUUCCUAGUUACUAAGGGUUUAAAUGGUGCAUUAGUUAACCGGAAAUCCACUGAUGAGCUUACAGAAUGUGAUGACAGUGGAGGCAGUUAUUAAAGGCACUUUGAGUGGAUUCAUUUGAUUAUAUGUGUUUAUACCAAAUGAAUUAUUAUUUAAAGGGGUAGGGGAUGCCAAGUCAGAUACAAAAUCCAGACAUUUGUCAAUUUGCUUACCCACAUUUAAAGAAUUGAUUAUAUUGCUAAUAUAUAUUUUACUGGGGAGGGAAUGAAAGCACAAUAGGGAAACAGUUAUUUUUAAUAAGCUACAGUAAAAAGAAUAUAGCUGAGAUAUAGUGAUUUUAAUUUCACUCGUGUGUGAAAAACACUUCUAAUGAUUUGAAAUACAAUAGAUGUCUCCAAGUUUACAUUAAAGUAGAUCGGAUUUGAUAGAAUUCUUUCUAUUAUGCAGAAUAGUCUUUCUUACCACUGCUGAAUCUGUGUUAUAAUAAUAUAGGAGCUAUCACUGACCACCCUAAAGUGUGCCAGCACUCUGUUAAGAUUGGCACUUACACAUUUGUAAAGAUAGUCACAGAAACUGUUAACUACUCUUUGUAGUCAGCUCUGGAAGUGCAUUUCUUUUCCAGCACCUCCUCUGUCACCAAUUAGAUAUUAUUUCAUUAGAAGUAUGCCUAAAUCUUCCUUGAAUUACAAGAGUCACCUGUAGAAAUUUGCAUGCUUUUUUUCCAUUUGGUAAAAAAUCCACACCUCAAAUAGCACCAAAACAUAAUGGUAGAAUGCAUGUAAUAUAAUAUGAAUUAAAAUCAAAAUAUUUCUAAGAUGUAGUUAGCAUCUGUUUCAAAUAAU